AUGAAAGCACCCACACAUAGGUGCCUACUAUCAAGUUUAAUUGAGAGUAAUGAAAAGACUACUCGUUAAGCAAAGACACACGAAUCUUUUGAGAGAUUGAAGAAUUCUUAACCGCAAACUGCAACUCCUAAGACUUAAAUGACUAACAGGAAAAGCAAAUAAAUGAGUUUAGUACAAGUUCAACAGCUAAUUUAAUAACCUCUUUUACGAAAGAAUCAUACAGCUUUAUCUGAAGUACCACAUACUUGGAAUACAAGUCGAAGUAUAGAAAAGACAGUGGACUUACUUGCUAUGCCUUAACAUAAACGAAUGAAAUGGCUUGAAAAAUAGAAAUCAUUACUUGCAUAACAACAACCAGUGACAGAGCGUGUUUAAACAAGUCGUAUAAAACAAAUGGCAACUGCUGCUAAUUAUAACAAUUUUCUUAAGAAAUUCAAUGGUGAAUAAAUGAUGAUAUUGGAUAAGACUAAAACAGGAGUACCACUUUAAAAAGUAUAAAAUGAAGCUUAAGAAAAUAAAGAGAGGUAGUUCAUUUUUAAGCAGCCAUUACGUAUAAUAAAGGGAUUAAGUGAACACAUGCUUAGAAUGAAGAGUAUUACAAGAUAACAUGAAUCAUUACGUUCACCUCCUAGGAAACUUUCGAAUCCUCGUUAUGAAUUGACUAAUGCGAAUAGAGUUCGCUUUUCUAAAUAUUAUUAAGAUGAUAGUUUAAAAGUGUUGAAAUCUCAGAAACGAGAUCCAAAUCUAAUUUUUAAGGAAUUGCAUAUAGAGGAUAUCCAAUAUACUGAUUUAGACAGAGCAUAGAAUCAUCCUAUAAAUAUUGCUUUAUUUAAUAUGUUAAAAGAUGAGGAAAUUAUUCUAAGUAUUUUAUUUGUUAAAUUCAGAGUAAUAGUAACUUGAAGAAGCAGAAAAAUAUACUGCUUAAGAACUAAUAAAAUAGAGAUAAGAGAUUGAAAGAUUUGAUGAACUCACUAGAUAAGAGUAUCAUCGAAAAUGUUAUGUUGAUUUUAAAUCUAAAGCUAUUAAUCCAAAAUAUCAACAUAACUAAUUACAUUUAAAUUAAUCUUUAUUAGAAAUAUUUCCAAAGAAUUAAGAUGGAAAUUCAGAAUAAUUUAAAAAAUUAAGAAGACAUAAAAUAUUAAAGAUGAUAAAGAUGUUUUUGUUUAGAUUACAUGAAUUAAAUCUUAAUCUUGAAGAUCUUAUUAAACAUAGAAUCUAUCCAUUAGGAGCAUAUGCUAAUGAAAGAGCUAAAUUAUUUUUUGAUUUAGUAAAAUCUAAUAAGCUUGAAUUAACUCAUAGAGAAUUAUAAGAGAACAGAUAUUUAGUUUAUGAAUUUGAUUCAUCCAAAUUAACUCCUCUUCAUCAUGCUGUUAUUCGUAAUCAUGUAGAAAUGAUAGAAUUGCUUAUGGAAUACCAUGCUGAUGUAAAUCGUCGUGAUAUUGUACUUAUUAUUCUAUUAUCUAGCUUGGAAGAACUCCACUCUUCUUUGGAAUUCGUUCAGGUUACAAUGAUUGUGUAUAAUAACUCUUAUAUCAUUAAGCUAUUCCUUGGUCUAACAAAAAGAAUCAAUAUGAUCUUUAUUUAGAUAUGCUCAAUGAUAAAGUUAGAGAUUAAUAUCGUAAAGCAAAAAAUGUAAUUUAUUUUAAUAAUCUAAGUACCAUUUAUAAAUGCAAAUGAUGCCUUAUACAAAAAGAGCUGCUUUUUGGAUGGAACGAAGAUAUUAUUUUACUUAAUGA